AAACAACCAGUCACCAGACUCACCACGCUCUUUAGGAAGGACAAUUGAAGUCCUCAUGAAAGUUGAGCAUUAUAUUUACAUAUUAAUGUUUAAAUUAAUUGUCUUAGUAAAUCCUCAAACUAAACUCUUUCGACAGUCAGAAUGAAUUUGCUGGCGACGCGUUGCAGGUCGGUCAUAGCUGCCGGACACAACAUUCUGUGCUCCUCGAGGAGACCCUUAGCUUUUAGCUCUCAAGCUGGAGCUCUGUCAAAGACCGGGGAGAGGACGAGGCGGAGAAAGAAGAAGACUGCCUGGGAUGAAGGCUGUGUGUCCUGGGAGGAAAGGCUGUCUGAUGUGGUCACCCCUCUGUGGAGGCUGAGAUACGAGCAGCAGCUUCAAGUCAAACUAAAGCAGCAGGAGAUGAUCAUGGCUCAGCUUUCUCUGCAUCUUUCAGAGGACUUCCGGUCACCAUCAGAAUCACCUGCAGGUAAACCCAGCAUCCCUGUCCUGCCUGUUCUCCCGUCUCCUGUUAGGAAUGGCUACCGCAAUAAAUCUACGUUCUCUGUGAACAAAGGAGCGGAUGGAAAUCCAAAGACAGUUGGGAAUUAUGUUGGGAGGGGCGUGGAGGGAAACAUUGUCUGUGUCAACACAGACCACCUGUUCAACAUACCGGAGAAGCACAAACAGGUGGCCCGGUGCUAUCAGGACUUCAUCCGCAGCUCCCCACUGGACCCCUGCCUGCUGUUCCACACCGGGGGUCACUGGAGAGAGAUCACUGUGAGGACCAACGCUCAGGGCCACACCAUGUUGAUCGUGUACUUUAACCCGCAUCCACUAACCCCUGAUGAGGUGGCUGUCCACAAGGCUGAGCUGGUGGACUAUUUCACACAGGGGCCCGGAUCGUUCUGCAAACUGGACUCGCUGUAUUUCCAGGAAAGCGCCAUGACCCGCUGCACCCACGUGGAGUCUCCCUACCAGCUCCUGUACGGUCAGCCGUACAUGUAUGAGGAGCUGCUGGGCUUCAAGUUCCGCAUCUCUGCUGACGCGUUUUUCCAGGUGAACCUGACAGCAGCUGAGGUGCUGUAUAACACAGUGAGGGACCUCUGUCUCCCGAACACCAAGCAAGAAGAAGGACGGUCACAGAGUGGAAACACUCUUCUGGAUGUGUGCUGUGGCACCGGUGCCAUCGGCAUCAUUCUGUCUCGCAGAGUGGACAGAGUGAUCGGCAUCGAGCUCAUCGAACAGGCGGUGAAAGACGCCAUUCACAACGCGGCUCUUAACCACAUACACAACUGUGAGUUUAUCCCCGGCAAGGCGGAGGUGGUGCUUCCCGGGCUGAUGUCCCAGCUCGGUUCUGCAGGUGAAGGCCUCACGGCCGUGGUCAACCCAUCCCGGAGCGGCCUCCACCCCAAAGUGGUCAGAGCGCUGCGCAACCAAGCUGCCAUCCGCAGGCUGGUCUACGUUUCCUGUAAGCCUGACGGCGAGGCCAUGAGGAACUUCAAGGAGCUCUGUUGUGCUCCUGACCCACAGAGAAAACUCACAGGAGAGGCUUUUUCUCCCACUCUGGCUGUGCCUGUGGACAUGUUCCCACACACUUCUCACUGUGAACUGGUGCUGCUUUUUGAGAGGUAGCAAAUACGUUUUGUUCAAAUGUGGGUUUGACAUCUGGAAAUCCGAGCUUCAAUAAAAACUGAAUUCAUGGCA